ACUUUCCCCAAGGGAUCAGACUGCCAGAAGCAUUUUAUAGCUUUCUUUGUAGCCCGAUUCGUUUGGCGAAAACCGACUAGUUUUUUUGGGGGUUUCUCUGUGAUUUAAGUGUAUUUGGAUCGACUAACCCGAUUUCUGUGCAACAUCGGAUAUUGGAAGAUGGCCGGAAGUCAGGAAGAGCCCACUCUCACACGACCUGAGGAGGAGAAUGACGAUGAUGUCGCAAAGGAGGAGGACACCGGAGCUCAUGUUGCCCCCAUUAUUAAGCUUGAGGAGGUUGCAGUCACCACUGGAGAAGAAGAGGAGGAUGCUCUCCUUGACCUGAAAGCAAAACUGUAUCGGUUUGAUAAGGAUGGAAAUCAAUGGAAGGAGCGUGGUGUGGGAACAGUGAAGAUACUUAAGCACAAGGAGACUGCUAAGGUCCGUCUGGUCAUGAGACAGUCCAAGACAUUGAAAAUCUGUGCCAACCAUUUAAUUUUGGCAUCAAUGUCAUUGCAAGAGCAUGCUGGUAGUGAUAAAUCUUGGGUCUGGCAUGCAACUGAUUUCUCAGAUGGGGAACUAAAGGAUGAACUCUUCUGUAUCCGUUUGGGUUCUGUGGAGAAUGCUAAAAAGUUCAAAGAAACGUUUGAGAAGAUUGCUGAGUCCCAGUCAAAUACAGCAGAGGGUGAUGAAGCCACAGAAACACCUGCCGAAGCCACAGAAUCAGCAGCUGAUCUCAUGCAAAACUUGACUGUUGAAGACAGAAAGGAGGAGGUGAAAGAAGAGAGCAAAGUAGAAGAGAAGAAAGAAGAUAAGCUAGAAAAGGAGAAAUCUGCUGAAUCUGAAAAGGAAACUUGAUUGAUUUUUAUUGCAAGCUUUCUUAUAUGCUUUUUGAGAGAAAUUCCAGGAAAGUGAACUAUUGUAGAUGCUUGUGUAUUAUUGAUAGUAUGGACACUGUAGCGUGUUUAAUGCAUUUUUUGUGAGUGCUCUUGCCGAGGUUAUUGUUUGGUGUCUUCAUAUUGUCAUAUGAAAUAGCUAUUUGUUUUGAACAGGCACUACAAUAUAGGUCAGAUUGUCAGAGUUGCAGCUCAAUUAUUAUUUUUCCCUCGUACUAGUGAAAAUUCUGUAAUCCAUAAUUUUUCAUGAAACAUUGUUUAGACA